AUGACAAAAUUCAGUUGCUUCUCUGUGAUAGUUAGGCGGAAGAAGAAGGUUCAGAGAGAUUAUGAAUCUGCAAGACCUGUUGAAGUGGACAAGGCAAUUAGAACCCUGCAAGUCAGGCUUCAACAACAGCCUGUGAAACAUUUGGAGAUUGAUGGGACCUUGAAGCCAGCAACUUUAGGAGUCUUGAUACCUUAUGGUGUUGAGAAGAAGUACACUACCCCUAGUGGCAAGGCAAGGAGCCCUUACAGUCCUAUUGAGUUUGUUGAAGCAGCAUUCUAUGAAGGGGAAGAUGAGCAUGAAGGGAACCCCUUAGAGAGGGAAAACUGUUGUAAUGAUUGCUCUCAUCUGCAAACCCCUGAAGCCAAUUCAGGUGAAGUGACUCCAUUAGGGAAGAUGGAUUUAUCUGAAUCUGAUUCAGGUGAUAGGGGUGUUGAUAGGAUUCAAAGCGGGCAUCUUAGUGAUCCGGGCAUAGGGAAGGCAGAGUUUUGGGCAUCACCAAAGCUUACCAGGUCAUGCUCUAAUUUGGAAACUCAUCAUAAGGAUGUGGUUAAGAAGAUGUCAUCUAGGUUGCCUGCUUCGAAGAGUCAGUAUUUUGAAGAAUUACAUGAAUUGGCAGACCGUGUGACGAAGUAUGUUGAUCCUGGCAGCCCUGGUUCUGUGUUAACCCACUUCACUGCUGAUAAAGUGAUGCUGAAGAAGCAUUCUUCCAGCCAAGUUCUUCCUUCUAGAAGUAGAAAGUUGUGGUGGAAGUUGUUCCUUUGGAGCCACAGGAACCUGCACAAAACAAGGACUGCAAAACAAAAAAAGCCUAGCCCCAUUUCUUUGAACAAGCAAGGAGGGUACUCUUCGGAUACACUCGAACCAAACCAGGCUAUGCAGUUUGUCAAGAUGGAAUCACCUCUGUCAUAUACUGUAGAAUCAUUGAACAAGGGGAAGAAUAUUGCAGAUGACAACAAGAGCUGGGAUGGUUUUAACAUUGGAGGCUCUGCUUUAUGGCCUCAGAACCAGUGGGUUGCUUUCUCAGCAGAUACAUCCUCAUCUACAAGAGUGCAAGAGUGGGUGAAAGAUCUCAAAAUGCAACCCUCGGAAAAUAAUGAAUAUGACUACGAGGGACUCAUCACCCCACCGACCCCGCCCACUCCUGAGACUCCUCUAUCUCCGGUGAGUCCUGAGACUACUAGAUCGAAAAGCGCAACUUACUUUAGUCGAGGUCUUGAAGAGGAUACUUUACACGCUAAUACUGUGAUCCAGACUCUAAAUUCUUCUACAACUGUGGCUCACAUAUCUGGUAUGGGAUUGAAAGCUAUCCCCAACAUUUCAUGCUUUGGCAGUCUUCGAUCUAUCAACUUGUCAAACAACUUCCUAGCCCACAUCACUCCAGGAUCGCUGCCGAAGAGCCUUCACACGCUCAACUUGUCGAAGAACAAGAUCAGCACCAUUGAAGGACUAAGAGACUUAACUCGAUUGCGUGUACUUGAUCUCAGUUACAACCGCAUUUCUAGAAUUGGACGUGGGUUAUCAAGCUGCACUCUAAUCAAGGAGCUCUAUCUCACUGGGAACAAGAUCAGUGAUGUCGAGGGUCUACAUAGGCUACUGAAGUUAACAGUUCUGGACCUGAGCUUCAACAAGAUAACAACAACAAAGGCAAUGGGACAGCUGGUGGCUAACUACAACUCACUGCAGGCUCUGAAUCUGUUAGGGAAUCCAAUCCAGAACAACAUCGGUGAUGAGCAGCUGCGCAAGGCAGUUUGCGGUUUCCUCCCGAAGCUAGUGUACCUGAACAAGCAGUCCAUCAAACCGCAAAGAGCAAGAGAGGUACUCACAAACAGUGUAGCCAAAGCUGCAUUAGGGAACAAAGGAUGGAGCCCUCGUAGAAAAGAUGGCAAGAGGCUUAACCAAAAACGUGCCUCAUUAAAAAAGCCUAAUACCAUAUCACCAAGAAAAACUUCAUCACUUCCCAUCCGUGGGCACAAGGGCGGUGCAAGCGAUGUACAGAAAAACAUACGCAAGUCCAAGAGCAUAUCCAUAGCUGCACUCCCCUCUUCAUCCCAUUAG